AUGGCAUCGGAGAGCGGGAAGCUAUGGGGCGGCCGGUUUGUGGGCGCAGUGGACCCCAUCAUGGAGAAGUUCAACGCGUCCAUCGCCUACGACCGGCAGCUGUGGGAAGUGGAUGUGCAAGGCAGCAAGGCCUAUAGCCGGGGCCUGCAGAAGGCAGGGCUCCUCACCAAGGCCGAGAUGGACAAGAUACUCCAGGGCCUGGACAAGGUGGCGGAGGAGUGGGCCCAGGGCACCUUCAAACUAAAUCCCAACGAUGAGGACAUCCACACAGCCAAUGAGCGGCGUCUCAAGGAGCUCAUUGGUGAAACCGCAGGGAAACUGCACACAGGACGAAGUCGGAACGACCAGGUGGUCACAGAUCUCAGGCUGUGGAUGCGGCAGAACUGCUCGAUGCUCUCUGCCCUCCUCCGGGAGCUCAUCAGAACCAUGGUGGACCGGGCAGAGGCAGAACGUGACAUCCUCUUCCCAGGGUACACACACCUGCAGAGGGCUCAGCCCAUCCGCUGGAGCCACUGGAUCCUGAGCCAUGCCGUGGCACUGACCAGAGACUCCGAGAGGCUGCUGGAGGUGCAGAAGCGGAUCAACGUCCUGCCCCUGGGGAGUGGGGCCAUUGCAGGCAAUCCUCUGGGUGUGGACCGGGAGCUGCUCCGAACAGAACUCAAAUUUGGGGCCAUCACUCUCAACAGCAUGGAUGCUACCAGUGAGCGAGACUUUGUGGCCGAGUUCCUGUUCUGGGCCUCGCUGUGCAUGACCCAUCUCAGCAGGAUGGCCGAGGAUCUCAUCCUCUAUGGCACCAAGGAAUUCAGCUUUGUGCAGCUCUCCGAUGCCUACAGCACUGGAAGCAGCCUGAUGCCCCAGAAGAAAAACCCGGACAGCCUGGAGCUGAUCCGGAGCAAGGCGGGCCGAGUGUUUGGACGGUGUGCUGGGCUCCUGAUGACCCUCAAGGGACUUCCAAGCACCUACAACAAGGACUUACAGGAGGACAAGGAAGCUGUGUUUGAAGUGUCAGACACCAUGGGUGCUGUCCUCCAGGUGGCCACUGGCGUCAUCUCUACGUUGCAGAUUCACCGUGAGAACAUGGUGCAGGCUCUUAGUCCUGACAUGCUGGCCACUGACCUCGCCUACUACCUGGUCCGCAAAGGGAUGCCAUUCCGCCAGGCCCACGAGGCCUCUGGGAAAGCAGUGUUCAUGGCGGAGACCAAGGGGGUUGCCCUCAACCAGCUGUCGCUGCAGGAGCUACAGACCAUCAGCCACCUGUUCUCAGGCGACGUGAGCCAGGUGUGGGACUACGGGCACAGCGUGGAGCAGUAUGCUGCCCUGGGUGGCACUGCCCGCUCCAGCGUUGACUGGCAGAUCAGCCAGGUGCGAGCGCUGCUUCGGGCCCAGCAGGCCUAGGUCCCCCACCCCGCUCCCCAAUAAAGUGCGCCUCGAGGAGGCUGCUGCCUGUCUCCUGCCGAGCCUGACUCCCUCCCUGGGCGUGCUGAGGUCUGUUGGGAGGCAGUGGAGGUCAUCAAGGAGGUGAAGAAACUGGACAAGGAUGACGAGUCACGGUGGGCAUCGCAUCUCAUCAGAGCCUCUGCCCUGCUCAGACCCCUCUUCCCUUCACUGGGGGGUGGGGGUGGGCAUCAUAGUGACCUCCUGCCCUGGGUGUCUUGGCAGGACUGGCCUCUCUGGAGCCCUGUUGGGACCUGAGGGCUUCAUUCACCAGUCAGUCCCUGUCUAUCUCCUUCCUUCCAGUGCCCCCGAGGCCCCCCUACUCCCAUUCUUCCUGCUUAACCCGCCUCCCCUGGGCCAUCAGCACAUUGCAGGGUAUCGUUGUCCUAAGGGAUAGUUGGUGUACGAUGCCUGGCACUAGGUAAGCUUCAUACACAGGUUAUAAGAAGGCACCUCCUCCAAUGGGCAGAGAUACUCUAGUCAAUAAUUGGUGUUUGGAAAAUUGGACAGAUACAUGCAAAAAAAAUGUAAUUAAAGCACCUUCUUACAGCAUAUACAAGAAAAAAACUCAAAAUGGAUUAAAGAUGUAAAUGUAAGACCUGAAACCAUGAAACUUCUAGAAGAAAACAUAGGCAGUAAACUCCCACAUUGCUCUUACUAAUAUUUUUUUCUGAUCUAUCUCCUUGGUUAAGGAGAACAAAAGAAAAAAACAAACAAAUGGGACUACAUCAAACGAAAAAGUUUUUGCAUAGCAAAGGGAACCAUCAACAAAACAAGAAGACAACCUACUGAGUGGGAGACUAUAUUCGCCAACGAUACCUCUGAUAAGGGGUGAACUGAAUUUGGAGGGGACACCAUUCAGGGCACUACACUGGGCUUUCGAUUCCUUGACCAACAUUUUUCCUUCCAUUUCUAAUCUGAAGAGCUUGCUCCCCGGACAGAGGAGAUGGGAUUAAAACAAGCUUCAGGCA